ACGUUAACGGUCCCCCGAUGGCCAAUUCGCAAACACUGCUGGCAAUUAUCGGCAUCCUCUGCGCGUGCACCUGCGGCGGCCGCACGGAAUGCGGAAGUCACGCGGAGAUCUCGCUGCUGACGAGCAUCCACGACGAUCCGUCCUGCAGGAAAUUGUCACCCAGAGGCGUUCUGAUGUACGAAGCCGCGAAGCUACUCGCCGAGACUUACAAUAACAGGUCCAGCGGAUUCGACAUCGAUCUGAACGUGGUGGACACGUGUGGUAGUAUAACGGGGUCCGUGAAGGCGGCGAUGAAGGCUCUCGUGGCGGCGGACACCAAUUGCUUGCAAGCGCCUUACUACUUAGGAAUCAUUGGACCAGACACCGCGACAAACGCGGAAGCCGUACAUAAAAUCACGUCGGUGCUGAAGGUACCGCAUAUCGUGAGACAGAAAUCGAGUGCUCCGUUCCUUCAUCGUCUCGAGAAAGAAUCCGAUUCUUAUCUGGUUCAGGGAGCGCUAAAGGUCGCGGAACAGUUGAAGUGGAAGUCGUUCACGUUGGUGGUGAACGUCGACGAGGACGGCGAGGACGACGCGCAAAACAUCGCGAAGAAACUGACGAUGGCGUCCAUUCAGAAAGGCCUCUGCGUUUUGGUGCACGAUAACGACGAUGACGAUUUGACGACGCACAUAAUACACGUCGGUAAACCAGAGGACGGAUUCUUUGGGAAAUUCGUCAAUUCGACCGUCCUAGUCCUCAGCGAGGGACACCUCGAGAAACAUCUAAAAAACGUGAACUCGACCAACAGCAUACUGCUUCUGGAAGAUUCCAGGAACGAAUUCGCGGGAUUGGAGGCGAGAGUCGAGAAAUCGAAAUGGUGGUCCAGCAAGGACGGCGGAAUGUUCGACGCGGAGGAACUGAGGGACGUCAGGUGGCUCGAAGACGCGAUAAAUGUCUACAUGAAGGCGUUGGAUACGGUGUGCAAGAAAAAGAAGUGCAAGAGCCAGGUGAACGCCGUCGACUGGAACAACGUCCUGUCGAACGUCCUGGCGGAUUACGCAAAGGAGUCGCAAUCGUCGCCCAUGUCCCUCGAGUUGUCGAUGAAAGUGAAAUCGGGCGACGUGGAGACGAUUGGGACGGUGGCUAUUCAGAAGAACAAGGCAAAGCUGCACUGGGGUGGCGGGAAGGACGACGACGACGACGACGACGACGACGACGACGAAGAUGACGAUGACGACGACAACGACGACGAUGAUAAGGAGGACGCGAACGUGAUGCCGAGCGCGUUCAAGAAGUUGAUCAGCAAGGAAAAGGGCACGCGAACGGGCUGCGCUACCACCGCCAAGGAGAUUAGGCUACUGCACGAGGGAGACGACGACGCGGCCCAAGUCUUGGUCUCGGAGAUGGACGACACCGAGUGGUAUACCAUGGUGGGCACGGUCUGCGGCGUGGGCAUCGCGAUGUUCGUAAUCGGGAUCCUGGCCGUCUACGUGGUGUACACAAACAUUCGAGGCCCGCUACCGCCCAAGAACGCCCGGAUCGAACGAGACACCAGCUUGAGGCGAGUGGGCAGCGACAGGGAGACACCUGUUCGCGUUCCGAGGCACUCGCGUACCCUGCAGAGAAGGGACAGCAACAGGAGCGUCAGGAGCAACAUAUCAGAGAAGAGCGUUUGAAGCGAUCGCGCCGCGACGAGUAAUUAUCAACGAUCGAAUCGAAGGCUUCAGGAGAUACAUCGAUCGUGGGAAUUGUUUCGGGCGAGUUCGAAUGCGGUUUCGAUCGGUUCGAUUCGGAUCGGUUCGAGUGAAUCCGAAUCGAUUCGUUUCGAAUCGGUUCCGAUUGACUCGACUCGAAAUGCUCGCAAUUUGCUCGAUUCGGUUCGGUUCGAACUGGUUCGUAACAAUUCCAGAUGACUCGGUUCUGUUACGUUCGGAUUCGAUUCGAUUCCAAUUAUCCAGGAUUAUUUCCAAGCGAUUCCAUUUCAAUUUUUCCGUGUUUUUCUGAAUUCGUAUCCAGUCUGGCAUCGAUCACGUAUGAUUAGUAAUCGUUUGAAUCAGUUCCGAUUGUUUUCAAUUUCAAAUUCGUUUCGUUUCGAUUCGAACGAGUUCGAUUACUUUCGGAUCUGAACGCUUCCGUUUAAUAUUUCGGUGACUCUCGGUCCAUUCGAUUUAAUUUACCUCGAACAAACGUCACGCCAACUUAGUCGCGUACUCGCCGGUGACUCGAUUCGAGAUCUCCAUCGAGUCGAUCAUCUUUCCUGCGAAACUCGUACCUAGUCACGAAACUCUCAUCUAGUCAAAGAAUUCUCGAAACCGCAGACUUCCUCUCUCGAUUCUCACGAUUUCGUUAAUGAGAAUUCGAACCGUACACGGUUCCAACAGGAUAUAUAUAUUUCUGUAAAUAGAUAGGUAUAUAUACAUAUAAAUAUAUAUCUUCGAACAAUAAUUCACGAAUCAUGUCCCACAAAGAAAAAAACUUCUCGAAAGAUGUGUAAAAAGAUUUAAAAAAAAAAAAAAAAAAAAAAAAGAUGUACCGUUUCCCUCCUUGGUAACCGAAAAUUCCAUACUCGCGUGCAAAGGUAUCGCGCAAUACGCAAGUAUACGAGUAUCUAUACGGAUAUCAAGUACACGCGACGAACACAUGUACGACAGCCACUCGACAAAUUGAAUAAACGCUAUCUGUAUCGAAUACGACUUUUGCAAACG